AUGUUGGAAAUCCCCUCACAAAUAACACAAUUCAGCUCAAAAGUACUUCCUGUAAUUAUGUUGGCGUGGAAGGCAAAGAUGAUUUUUAAGGAAACAAUCGAGUUUAUUGAGCAAAAGCAAUAUUUAGAUGAUGAAGAAAAUACAGACAAUCAGCUUCAAAAUUUACAAAACAGUUGUGAAUUUUCUCCUCCAUGGAAAAAAAUAAAUCAAGCGGUUGCUUUUGAUUCCCCGAGCUCAAAGAACAAGACUAAAAAAAGGAUAACUCUGAACUCUAAUAACAAGCCUAAACGAAAUUCUAAGAAAUAG